AUGUCUCAGCCAGUCACAGGCAAAACAGCCAUCGUCACUGGUGCUGGAAGCGGCAUCAACUUAGCAUUUGCAUCUUCUUUGCUGGCAAAUGGCUGUAAUGUUGUUUUAGCUGAUCUAGCCCUAAGACCAGAGGCUCGGAAACUGCUUGAAGAGCAUCAAAAGGAUACCAAGCCAGACUCCCAUGGCAUUGCUGUCUUCCAGGAGACAGAUGUCCGAGUUUGGCUUCAACUCGAGCGCAUGUUCACAACAGCUCAGCAACAUUUCGGGCGCAUUGACAUAGUCUGUCCUGGCGCUGGCGUGUACGAACCUCCUUUCAGCAACUUUUGGCAUCCUCCUGGGACCCUGGCUAGUCGCGAUACCAUCGAUGGCGGACGAUAUGCUCUCCUUGACAUCAAUCUAAUCCAUCCCAUUCGCUCUUCUCAACUCGCCAUUUCUCACUUUCUCAGCGCCCAAGACGGUGGAAAUAAGACCAUCAUACUCAUCUCAAGCACGAGCGCACAGGACACAAGUAUCGCGACCCCUCUCUACGAUGCUUCGAAACAUGCUAUCAGCGGUUUUGUUCGUUCCUUGAGCAACAUCAGCUCAGCCAAUAUCCGUAUUGUCGCUGUUGCGCCUGGCAUCAUCAAGACUCCUCUCUACACCGAUAACCCUGAGAAGAUGGCUAUGAUUGACGGUUUGCAUGAUGUCUGGGUUGAGCCUGAGGAGGUUGCCGAAGUUAUGGUUGCUUUGAUAGAAAGGGACACAAUGAGCCAGACGAUUGGAGAGUACCCUGAGAACGGAGACAUACAGAUCAAGAGUGGUACUAUACUUGAGGUUACCAAGGGUAAGGCGAGACCUGUACAUCCUUAUCACGACUCAGGCCCGUCUGGACCCGGUGCUUUGGCUUCUAACAUGGCAGCAUCUGAGGAUGCUGUGUUAGGAAUGUUGAAGCCUGGAUGGGGUGUGCCAGAGACCAAAAAUGCCAAGUAG